AUGGAGGAAUGCACACUAGGAACAAUUCUUCUCUUGUCAAGCUGCAAGUCAGCACCAACUAUGAGUGGCUUCCUGGUGACUGCUGGGGCUUCAUGGACCUCUAGGAAAGGAUUCUGCACGCAGAAUGGUCCAGUGGUCUCAGCCUGUAGCCCUAGGGGCCAAGAAGGGAUUCCUGUUGAACAAUCUUUACCCCAUUCUCUCUCACCUUCACCAUCUCUCUUCUGUUCCUUCUCCAUCCCAGGAGCAUCAGGCCAGCCUGAUGAGCCUCCCGGCUCUAUGCACCAUGAAGCUUCAGUUCAGCAAUUUUCAGGUGAGUACUCUUCACUUGGAAACCCUUCAGAUGCUGAGGCUUUAUAUGAAACUUAUUCAGGCAAGAACACUUUAAGUGAGCACGGUUCAAGUGAGCACAGUUCAAGUCAUCGUGCUAUGGUUGAGCACACUGCGGGUGAGCACACUGCAGGUGAACAGUCUUCAGAUGAAAAGCCUUCACGUGAGCAUACUUUGGCUGAACAGCCUUCAGGUGAACAGCCUUCAGCUGAAAAGCCUUCAGGUGAACAGGCUCUGGGUGAACAGGCUCCGGGUGAACAGGCUCCGGGUGAACAGGCUCCGGGUGAACAGGCUCCGGGUGAACAGGCUUCGGGUGAACAGCCUUCGGGUGAAAAGCCUUCAGCUGAACAGGCUUCAGAAGGUGAAAAGGCUUCAGGAGAACAGGCUUUGGGUGAAAAUCCUUCAGGUGAACAAACUUCAGUAGAACAGGCUUCAGGAGAAAAGUCUUCAGCAGAACAGGCUUCAGGAGAACAGCCUUCAAUGGAACAGGCUUCGGGGGAACAGCCUUCAGGUGCACCAUUUUCAAGCACAUCUUCAGGCACAAUAUUAAAUUGCCACACAUGUGCUUAUAUGAAUGAUCAGGGAAAAUGUCUUCGUGGAGAGGGAGUCUGCACCACUGAGAAUUCCCAGCAAUGCAUGUUAAAGAAGAUCUUUGAAGGUGGAAAACUCCAAUUCAUGGUUCAGGGGUGUGAGAACAUGUGCCCAUCUAUGAACCUCUUUUCCCAUGGAACCAGAAUGCAAAUUAUCUGCUGUAAAAAUCAACCUUUCUGCAACAAUGUCUAGAAACCUGUGCCCUUGCUUCUUACUCUGGCUCAGGCAGCAAAAAAUUUCCAUCACCCUACUUGGCUCAAUUUAUAUUUAGUUUCUUCCCCAGUCAACAACUAAUCCCAUCUGCCUCUGCCUGAGCAUCAGACAGCAUGCUGAAUAUCUUAUCUUUCCUCUCCUAUUCCUGUCCUGUUACCUAUUCUUCACUGUCUUUCCUGCUCCCCCUACUCUAUCUCUCAAUAGCCCUGAUU